AUGGACGACACAGUGGUCCCUUUGACGGGUGUAGAUGAACUGGACAAGCAUCUCGACCAACUCAUAGCCGAUCCAACACUCGCGUCCAACAUCAAGUUGUUUGAUAACGUCACGCUACAAUUAACAGAGGUCAAUAUCCCACCACUGAUCCCGCGACUCCUGCCCAAGAUCACCGAGAUCCUCAAGCAGUACCAGCAGGACCCGGCCAUCCUCUGUGAGCUGGCCAUCAAGCUGCUGGGGCCCCUGACCUUUACCCAGGUCAUGGCCCUGGCCUCCGAGGACGCCAUCAUCCAGGCCAUGCGGUCGCCGGCCCCCUCGGCCAACCUCCUCGCCAUGGCCGUUCUCGAAAAGGCUGCCCAGUCGCCCGGCGAGGCCGCCAUUCUCGCCACGCUCAAGAACAUUGUCGCCAACUUUGUGGUGCAGUGGCUCAGCGCCCCGCAGGUCGAGGUUGGGGAGAAGGGAUCCAAGGUCCUCGGUGAUCUCCUCGACGUUGACUGCGCCGUGCGCCCCGCCCAGGGCGUUUCGCUCAACGGUCAGGAGAUUGUCCUGCGCCGACCGCCCGGUCAGGGACUGGUGUGGCGGCGCAUCUUUCACGAUCGGGACAUUUACGGCUCGAUACUCUCCCUGUCCAGUUUUGGCGGCCAUCAUCACGAUGCCGAGGGCGGGCUGAGCGACCAUCAGAUCACGCUGGCGCAGGGAAGGCUGUUACGGCUGCUACCCCGUCUGGCCGCUCUGGACCUAGCCGCAAUCACCAAGACCGAGUUUCCGGAUCUGCAUGAGCGCUUCACCGGCGAGGUUGAGAAGAACAGCAAUGAUGAGGGUCUGCUCCAGUUUGCCGGCCUGCGCAUGAUCAACAACGAGGAUCUACUCAUGCACCUGAGUCUAAUCGACUUUUUCGAGACCCUCGUCAGCAUUCAGCGGAUAACGCCGUUUUCGACGUACAAGACAGAGACCCUUGGAGUGCUUCUACGCCAAGCGGUAUCGCGGGAUCCUGAACUCAAGAGCGCCAUCAUCAGUCUACCUGAACGCACAGUACCUGAAGAAGCGAACGAUUUGAGAACAUUCAUUGGCACACUUAUCCGCGGCUGA